AUGCAUCGCAGCCUUAGGCACCAGGCAGCACCCUCAGCCUUUCGCCGACGCGUUCGACGCUUUGAGAGUGCAACUACAACAAUCCUCCGUAUCCUCCAUCCCAUAUCCCGCCAUCCUAUUCCUAUUCCCAUUCCUAUCGCCGCUGGCACUGCCACUGCUGCAUCGCACACCAUGGCGCUCGACAGCUUCUUCCACAACAAGAUCGAGAGCAUGAAGCUCGAGAUCAUCCAGGGCCAAGCUGUUCUUAGGAGAUUAGAAGCCCAAAGAAACGACUACAAUUCCAGAGUACGACUGCUGCGGGAGGAGCUCGGAUUAUUACAACAACCCGGAUCGUACGUCGGCGAGGUGGUGAAGGUCAUGGGGACGAAGAAGGUUCUAGUGAAGGUCCAUCCGGAAGGCAAAUACGUGGUUGAUAUAUCCGACAAUGUCGACAUAUCCAAGCUCACCGUCGGGAAGCGAGUCACCCUUCUCUCCGAUUCCUACAAGCUCGAGAAGAUGCUCCCAUCAUCCGUCGACCCUCUAGUAUCCCUGAUGAUGGUGGAGAAGGUCCCUGAUAGUACCUAUGAUAUGAUUGGUGGUCUGGAUCAGCAGAUUAAGGAGAUUAAGGAAGUGAUUGAGCUUGGUCUUCAGCAUCCCGAGCUGUUCGAAUCUCUGGGUAUCGCACAGCCAAAGGGUGUCCUCCUAUACGGCCCACCUGGCACGGGGAAGACAUUGCUCGCAAGAGCAGUGGCACAUCAUGCGGACUGCAAGUUUAUUCGGGUUUCAGGCUCAGAACUGGUCCAGAAAUACAUUGGAGAGGGUUCAAGAAUGGUUCGCGAGCUGUUCGUCAUGGCACGAGAGCAUGCGCCUUCUAUUAUCUUCAUGGACGAAAUCGAUUCUAUUGGGUCAUCCCGAGUUGAGGGCUCAUCAGGUGGCGAUUCCGAAGUUCAAAGAACUAUGCUAGAACUAUUAAAUCAACUGGACGGGUUCGAACCCACCAAGAACAUCAAAGUCAUCAUGGCGACAAAUCGUCUGGAUAUUUUGGAUCCUGCGCUAUUGCGGCCUGGGCGCAUUGACCGAAAGAUCGAGUUUCCUCCACCAACUGUCGAAGCCAGAGCAGAUAUUCUCCGCAUUCACAGCAGGAGUAUGAACCUAACUAGGGGCAUCAACCUCACCAAGAUCGCUGAGAAGAUGAACGGGUGCUCCGGAGCAGAACUCAAAGGUGUGUGCACCGAGGCUGGUAUGUUCGCCUUGAGAGAGAGACGGGUGCACGUCACACAAGAAGAUUUCGAUCUAGCGACGGCAAAGGUUUUGAACAAGCACGAUGAUAAGGAAGUCAGUCUGGGCAAACUAUGGAAGUAG